ACGACGUAUAUGGACCGACAUGCGUCCGAAAGAGAUGCCGGAGCCGGAGACACUUUGGUCCGCGGAAUUGGCGUGCAUGCAUCCCGUCUAAUGAAGUGAGCCAGACAGACGCGUCGGCUUUAAGUUCGGCGUUGACCUCGCGACGGCGUCCAUUGGAAGCGCGGAGUUCAUCAAUAAGACCAAAACCAACAAUACCUGACCUUACCUACAAUACCUUACUGCACCUCUUACGAGUGGACUGGACAUCGGGAUACAUGUACGUCGGGUGUAGCAACAAGCAGUUAUCCAGACAGACUCGCACACUUCGCAAGCAUGGGAUUUCGCAACGCAGACCCCCCAUCCCCAGCCUCGCAAUGGCUUCGCCGGUUGGACCAGAAAGAGCAAGAAGCAGAAGAACAACAAUACCAACAACAACAGGAUGGGGGCGCAGAGGAUGUCGCCAUGGACCUCGAUCAUGAACCCACUCGUGCAGCUGUUGGCACGAACGCCGUCGCCGCCGCCGCCGUGCCUCACCGACAUGGCGUAGAUUGUGCCACCAUGGCCCGUCGAGAGCCCGCCAGCAUCGACGAGGCCAUCGAGCUGGCCUCUCCUCGCGCCUUGCGGAAGCUGCUGCGCAUGAUGGUAUACUCUCAGCAGACGUCCAUGGACCUGGCGACUGCCUAUCUGAUACCACCUCUCGUUCCUGCGCACUCGGACUCGUCGCUUGCGAUCAAGGCCUCUCGAAAGCGAAGAAUGUAUGAGACUUGCCAGCACUGCCGUGCAGAGUUCGAACCGGGAAACAAUCGUGAAGAGCGUUGCAGCUAUCAUCCUGGUCACAAGACGUCCAUCUCGUACGGAUCCGCAUACGCACAGAGUGGCGAUGCUAUGUUCCAAUGGACUUGCUGCAACCAGCUUGCGAAUUCUGCUGGCUGUGUCUGGGGCAGACACCAGCCAACCAACAGCCGCAGUCAACGACCGCGCGCGCCUUGAUCCCGGAACUGUCACGGCACUGACACCCUCGGAUGUGCCAUCUCCAUACUUUUCAUGCACCACAUUAUCGACAGACCCACAUCCUGAUAGGAAGGUGUUCUGACAAAGCUCAUUUUUGUGUAGUGCGGACGUCGAGUGCCUUCGAUCUGGUAAGGGGCACUUGGAUGAGGAGCGAAGAAUGCUGGAACUCGCAAAGCCACUCUCCAGACAAGUUUCCAAGCCAACGUGGCAGAAGAUGGAAAUGCCAACGCAGCGCGCUCCGCUUAUGACGGAAGCAUGGGAUGUCACCUCGUGAUGCGUCCCAGGCAGCAGCAGGAGCCUUGUGUGACCACGCUGUCAGCGCCAGUACCCGUCUGUCUACAUUAGGGAAAAUCAGAUCUGUCCGGGAUACGGGUAGUGGGCACGAAGGUUCGUCACACAGGCCCACCCACUACCCAAGCGGUCACGACGCAGUGUAGCCGCCAGGAGCCCAAAAAUCGUUCUCCCGGACUAUAGCCCAUCCAAAGCGCUCACCGUCACUUAGCAGUCGCCCGUCGCGCCGGGACUGCUCCGGCACGGCGCCAAAAGCUGCCCGAGGACGCGCCAAUGAACUCGAUCAGCCGCCGCCAGGGAUGCUCUCUCACCGGAGUUCUGCUGUUGUGCACCUGCGAUUUGCCAACUCUGCGUUUAGUCGGCUACAAUCUGCGCAUGGCAUUCGCGAGGACGUGCCGUGCCGUGCAGUGACCCUUUGGAGCGCCAUGGACUGGCUUCCCAUCGAUCGACCACCCUCGCAAGCGGACUCGCGCCAUCUGCGCGGCUAGUGCGGAAGCCGGACCGUCCCUCCUUUGCGCGAGUGAAUCCUGGGAUCAAUAAGGCGACCCAACGUCCCAUUUGACUGUAGUGUUGCUCUCCCACCUCCAGUCCAAGUGGGUCACUUGGCCACGUCUCGAGGGCUGUAGUACAUGGAUGACAAUCUCUGUGGUUGUCGACACCGCAUCCUCAUCCUCAAAGAAUGCACUGUACCACGGGAGCGACUUGGCGUCGUAGCCAGGAAAGACAUCAUGCUGUGCUACUUUCACUCAUCAGUCCAAAUGUCUCAAACAGCAAGGUAGAAGUGCACCUCGCAACAACGCAAGGUUUGGGGUGAUGAGCGGCGAAUGAGCAGCCACUCCCAUCACCGGGCUGGCUCAUUUCCCUCCCCACCUGAUGGGAGGAGAGUCCAUAUAAGUAGAGUCGAUUCCCCUUCACUCCAGGCAUGCACGGAAACAGUAGCCACAUUACUAGUCCCGGCUUCCACCCAUGGCAAGAUCACUUCGUUCCGAGACCGCUACCCCGACGCCACGAAUGGCGGGCCGAGUCAAGACGAUAGCUUCCGUGACCUUCGACGACAUCCGCCAUCGCCUCCAUAUCGUGAACUGCAUCGAACCGUUACGCAGACUUGAACAGGUGCUGUGCCUGCGCCUCACAAGGCAACCAUGUGACUCAACGAGAAUGGAUGGUGCGACGGGGUUCCUCGGGGCGGUCCUGGAAAUCCUGCAAGUGCCGAAUGCCACAGCCCGUGAAUUCAAAAUCGAGGAGAUUAUUGCAGGGAGCGAAUGGCGGCGACGACCUCCGGAAGGUGAUCUUCCCCCAUUGUGGACUGGCUGUGUAGCACGGAGAAUGUUGGGCCUUUGCGAAUUCAGCAGUUGGCGCAGCGUUCCUUUGAACCCUGAGGUUUGGGGCGAGCCUCUGAUAGAGAAUGAGCACACCCACUCGAGGCCUCUAGAUCACGCUCGAUACCUCCUGAUAGUACACCCCUGGGGACCCGACGCCAUCCACUUUGUCAAGCUACCGGAAGGCGACCUGACCGUGGGGGACAUGCAAUCCACACCACCCGCGCAUAUCAUACACUGCCAACUGUGCAGCUGUUGUGUCGAUGACUGUAGCAAGAGCCUUUGCUUAUUCCAUCCAGGAAUGCUCGAAUCCGAAUCUGCAAGCUCUUCGGCAUCGGAAGCCGAGUCCAGCUCGACCGACAGCUGGCCUGAACUGAUGAUCUGGACGUGCUGUGAUCAAGAGUCUCCCGCCUUGGGCUGCAUGGUGGAGCGCAGUCACUUGGAUGCGGAGAGUGUGUCACCGUCCUUUAUGGCAGAUGGUCGACAAGGGCGGCAGACUUGGGAUUGUCGGGCGGAGGAGGAGGAGGAAGAAUAUGAUGAGGAAGAAGGGGAGGAAGAAGGGGAGGAAGAGGAAGAGGAAGAGGAAGAGGAAGACGAGGAAGACGAGGAGGAUGAAGAGGGAAUAGAAAAACGAACAAGACUCCGAUUGAAGAGUUGACGUUGCAUCCAUAUGGAAGAACAUGGAAGGCUUGCAUGAGCGUGUAUAGAAUAGACGGACACAGGCUGGCAACGGCAGGAUAGAUGGACAGGGUAGGAAGGGGGUAAUGGCUCAACAGUACCAGAGGAUUACAUUGCAAUCGAC